AUGAGAGAUAUAUUUCUCCACUGGAAUGAAAAAGUGGAACAAGACAAAAGAUCGGGAAGUGAAGUGAAAGUGUUAUGUAGGAAAGUGGGACCCGGGAAGGAAUGGGUCAGGGCUGUGCAAGUCAGUGGGGUCAAAACUCAUAGGAUUGAACCAAUUGCUUGGAGGAGAAAAGCAAAAAAGCACGAUCUUCUUCGAUUCUGUAGAAAGUUGAAUGCCAAACUUGGUGUCAAAAUUAUCAAACCCAACCCUCCAAUGGAAUCGGUAGGGAACAGGGCAGCUCCACCUGUAGAGACUUAUCCUCGAUCCACAAGCCAAGAUAAACCAUACUGUCAAGAAAAAAAGGAGUAG